AUGGCGGGUGGUGAGGACGAUAUUCCUAUGCAACCGGGGGAUAACGAAGARCAUACAAAGAAAAAAUAUUUCGUUUCCUUCACCAAGAAGUUGUUUAUUAUUGCUGUUGUAGUUGUUCUGUUGUUGGUAGUUCUUGUGGGUGUUCUGUCUGGGGUUWUCAGUGCAAAGUAUGCUGAAGAAAGARCAAGAAGAGAAUUGUUGCAAGACAAGAACAAACGCGAAGAGGCUGAAGUGACUACUGUUGCUUCCUCCACCACCGCCGAACCAUUUGGACCAGAACCUUGGUACCAAGUUCGUGUCUGGACAACACGUGAUCAAAUCAAUCAAGCAGAGUUUGCACUAUCAGUGGCAUCCCAGAUUAUAACAUACUUCGAGCGUUAUUACAAAGUAGACUAUCCACUACCUAAACAAGACCUAAUCGCCAUUCCCGACUUCUCGUCCGGUGCUAUGGAGAACUGGGGACUAAUUACAUUCAGAGMGACCAGGUUAUUAUAUCAACCUGGGGUUUCAUCAGAAAGUAAUAAACAAAGUGUUGCCACGGUUAUAUCACAUGAGUUAGCACAUCAGUGGUUUGGUAACAUAGUUUCUCCAAARUGGUGGAACGACCUGUGGUUAAAUGAAGGGUUUGCAAGUUACGUGGAGUACCUGGGCGUGGAUCAUGUCCAUCCAGACUGGGAAAUGAUGGAGCAGUUUUUGCUGCUAGAUCUUCAGCUUGUUUUCCCGCUUGAUUCACUGGCCACGUCACACCCAAUAUCGGUGGAGGUCGAUCACCCCAAGAAGAUUAAACAGAUAUUUGAUCGUAUAUCUUACAGUAAGGGUUCUUCGAUUAUCAGGAUGUUGUCUGGUUUUCUUGGUCGUGAUCAAUUUACGAAAGGAUUGCAGUAUUACCUAAAAACAUAUGCUUUCAAGAACGCUGAAAUGAAAGACCUUUGGAAUGCGCUUGGAUCG